CGCUUGCUUUUGGUUGGCGCAUGUUGGACGAGUUGUCGUUGCUGAAGAGCUCCAUGGGCAAAAGCAUAUUUGAGGGCUGGAGUUCAAGACUAAGUAAGGUAAAUGGGUAGCAUAGCGAUGGCGUUCAUGGUUGGCGCAACAUAUUGUCAGGUCCAAGGGGCCAUGAAGGAGCAUAAUCUCGGACUCCUGGGAAGGCUGAAAAGAGAUGGCGAUGGGAUGGAUGACGGCAGGUUUCUCAAUUUGGCUUUGGUUCAUAUUCUAUUCCACACGAACAUAGACAUCAUCCAUACGGUUAUAAGAAGGCUACUUGACAGCCAAUUCUGGUCGGAAAUUGUGGUCUGAGUGACCUCUCGGCCUCUGUCGUCAGCCGUAGUGUAUGAUGGGCGAUUAUCGUCCAAUGUCAACCUGUAAGCCAAAUCUGUAUCGGAAUCAACGGUGUGUCAUGCUAUUUAUGCGCUUGAGCGGUUCACGGUCGAGAACGUUCAAACCGAUCCCAAAAGUCUCGGUGUUCCUUAAAGACACCCUCGGUCUCUUUGUCCACUACUAUCUGUCGCACUUGUCAAGCAGAAACGAAGUUCCGAAAGUGCCACGAAGUAGUCAUCAUCGACCAAUCCACAACGAGAGUGACACCGUACAAGUACAACAGCCAAACAAAAACCCACCAAAUAACAACGGCAUGCAAGAAGACGGCUCAAGCGACAUGUUUCCUUUGCAACACCAAAAGAAAAAAAGAAACAAUGCCCACACAAGGGGAAACAAGGCAAAACAGAAAAAAAUUGGCAAAAGAUUUGGACGAGCUGGGAAUCGAACCCAGGACCUUUCGCAUGCUCGGAAACAUGCUAAGCGAACGCUCUACCAACUGAGCCACACGCCCUGUGGAACCUUAUUGGUUAUUGUUGGAGGAUGUUGCCGAUGGUGGCAUUAUGAAUGGAUAAGGUAUGAGAGCAGGACGGGUGGGAGGGACUGUCGGAGCAACAUUGAGAAUGAAGGAAUUGUCCUGAUGUCUCAUUUGCAACGGUUAUGUUGUCCAUCAAAUUAUUGGCCGAGAUAUUAUCUAUGGUGUCGUCGAAGAUCGGUCGUCGUCAACUCGUGGAAGAAGGACAGGACAAGUUCGUUCGAAGUUCGGGCGAUGGUGACCCCCGAUGCCCGGUGAGGUGAGGGGAGAAAGUUAAUUGCUCCACAUUUCACCUCCACGG